AUGCAAAAAUUCAUUUGCCAAACACCCCCGAAAUUGAGCACAAUUGAUGACUUCGGGAUCUUGGAGUUUCCACCAGAGAUGAUGAGAAAUACUGAUCUCUUUGUUGUUCCGUUCCUCUCCUUUGUACUAACCAACUCCUACACAUUCCUCUUCUUUACAACAAUUUCUCUCUCUCUCUCUCUCUCUCUCUCUAGAAUGGUUCCAACAUUCGCUAUAGUCCCUCUUCUUCUUUCAAUCUUCUUCAAUUUAAACUUUCGCAGCACGUAUGCUGACUUGCAAUAUGGUAAUGGUACUGCAACUUUCUAUGGAGGAGAUGAUGCGUCCGGCACAAUGGGAGGAGCUUGUGGAUUUGGAAACUUGUAUACCCAAGGCUAUGGAACCAACACUGCAGCACUGAGCACUCCUCUAUUCAACAAUGGGCUGACCUGUGGGGCAUGCUUUCAAAUUCAAUGUAUUAAUGACCCACAAUGGUGCCUCUUUGAGGGGCCCAUUGUCGUUACUGCUACAAACUUCUGUCCUCCAGGUUCUACGGGUGGGUGGUGCGACCUUCCAGGCCAAAACUUUGAUCUGUCUGUGCCAGCUUUUAGACAAAUUGCCAAUUUGGUUGCUGGAGUUAUCCCUAUAUCUUUCCAAAGAGUGCCCUGCAUGAAGACAGGGGGCAUAAAGUUUACAAUAAACGGCAGCCCCGGGUGGAACUUGAUUUUGAUCACCAACGUGGCUUGCGCCGGUGAUGUCCAAUCGGCGUCGAUCAUGGGUUCCAACAUGACAGGGUGGCAAACCAUGUCACAGAAUUGGGGACAAAACUGGCAGAGUACCAUUUACCUGAUUGGCCAGAGCCUCUCCAUUCAAGUCACUACAAGCGACGGAAGGACCGUAACUUCCUACAACGUGGCACCCACUAACUGGACGUUUGGACAAACUUUUGAGGGUGGUCAGUUCUCGUGUUAGUAUUGCAAAUGGGAAUCGAAUUUAAGGGCUCGGAUUAGGUUUGGGAG